AUGGCGGAGGCAAUAUCAUCAACCUUUGAUUCCGGUUGGGCAUGGCUCCCAAGCCACGUUCUAGAUUUGAUACUAGAUAAGUUGAUACCAAUCUCGGAUUACAUCCGGUUUGGCGUGGUUUGCAAGCGUUGGCGAUCGGUAGCUUUGUAUCAGAAGCAGCAGCGCCUCCAAUCAUGUCACAAACAGCUUCCUAUGCUCAUCAUCCCCCGCAACCGCGGUGGAAGAGGUUCCUUGUACGGUGUCACACAGGGAAAGGCAUACAGCUUUGAGUUGCCACAACAUGGGCCUAAGUAUAAUAAUCACAGUAGCUACGGUUGCUGUAGUUCUUGCCAUGGUUGGUUGGCUUAUAUGGGUGGUGAAUUUUUGGUCCUAACCCUCUUCAACCCUUUUACCGGAGGUACCAUUCUUCUUCCACCAGUCAAAGAAGUCCCAGAUAUACAUGAAGAUAUGGAUUUUUUUUUGGGUUCCAUCUUUUACAAGGUUGCAUUGUCUGCUGACCCAUCUUUGUUUCCUAAUGGUUUUGAAGCUCUGAUAGUCUACCAUACCAGUGAUUCUCCAGUAAGCCAAGUAGCCCAUUAUAAGGCAGGGGAUGUUACUUGGACUCGCAUAGAUGCGAGGAUGAUAUUAUCGGAUGCAAUUUAUUAUAAAGGCCAGUUUCUGGCUGUUACUAGCAGUGGUGGGCUUUUGUCAGUUAAUGUUAACAGUGACCCUGCAACUACUACUUGGUGUAUCAGAUCUACCAGAGGUUCACCUUCACACACUAUUACUCAUAAUUUCCUUGUUGAAUCAUCACGUGAAGACCUAUUGCUCGUGGAGAAGUCCUAUUCCAGAUCUUGGGAUCUGGCUUACAAGGUGUGGUCUGCUUAUGGGGAUGAUGGAGGAGCCCAAUGGGUUGAGAUUGAGAGUAUAGGAACUGAUGCUUUGUUCUUGGAUUGGAAUGUAUCCAUGUCUGUCUCGGCUUUAGACUUUCCGGAGUGUCGUCCAAAUUCCAUCUACUUCAUUGAUUAUGUAGAUGAGUUUCCACAGGUGGGUGUCUUCAACUUGGAAAACGGAAAUGUGGAAAAGGAUUGUGUUUUACAAGAUCCCAGCGAAAAGUGUCUUUUACUGGAGCCCAAGCGAACAGGAUUGUGGAUUUUACCCACUAUAGUAUGA